CACAGUCACUGGUCAGGGAGAUGGGAUCCUUGACUGGUAUGGGGUGACCCUUGUUCUCAGUCUGGGGCCCUGCUCCAUGCAGUUUCAGCCGACUUGGCUUCCCCUGCAGGAGCAGCCCCGGAAGGGCACAGGGUCCCGGUCCGAGACCUCAUCUCCUUUCUGAUGUUGGAGGGCGGGCGGCGGUCUGGUGGCUCUGUCCUGUCCAGCUUCCCAGCAGGCCUGAGGCGGCAGGAGGACGUGAAGUCUCUGGUGAGGAGCGUGCUGGUGGGGCUGGAGUCCCUGGGGAUCCUGCCUGCAGUCGGGAAUUCCCCCCUCCGGGCCCUGUGGCAGAACCGCGGUAGCAGGAGCCAGAUUUCUGGCUUUCUGUACAACAUCUCCAUGCACCUCGAGCAGCAGAAGCUGGAGGAGCUCGAGGGCACGCCCUGGGGGAGCCUGCUGCAGCACCUCCUCUCUCAGCCCUCCCCGAGCCCUGCUCUGCAGCUGCGGGAUGUCCUGAUCUCGCUGAGGGGCAGCCGUGACUGGGACAUGCUCUUGAGCCUCACCCACAGCCUGGUGAGCCUCUUCCGCAGAGACCAGACCCUGCUCCUCUUCCUGCAGCAGGACUGGGCGUGGCUUAGCAGCCUGGAGGAGGCUCUGGCCCAGGCGCUGCUCACUGGGGCGCUGGGCCAGGGCGGCCCUGGCUUGCAGGGCACCGACUGCCCCCUGACAGGCCGUGGGAACUGCAGCUCCAGCACAGACUGGAUGUCGCAGCUGCUCAAGCUCUUUGCGGGCACCAGCUGGAAGCCAAGGGUCCGUCUGCAGCCUGCAGGCCCCGUCCUGGCUCCUGAACACUUGAAACCCUUCCAUGUGCUGCCCGGGGCCAUCCGAGAGCUGGACCCCAAUGCCGGCAGCCUCCUGCAGAUCCCCCGGCCCAGGCAGCCAGGGCUGGACUCUGAGGGGGGCUCUGCAGACACACUCUGGGGGGCCCUGGAGGAGGCCAAGCAGCGUCUCCUGCGGAGGAUGGGCCGAUCGCUCUACACCAGCUUCCGGAGGAAGGUAUCACGUGUGACGGGUCUGCUGGUGGACGAGGUCUCGGUGGCCCUCGGCGUCCCUCAGUCGGAUCGAGAGGGGAAGUGCACUGUAGGGACCCUGCAGCAGCUCCUGCUGUGGGGCAUCAGGCACAACAUCAGCUGGAACGCCCGGACGCUGGGGUUCAGGUCUAGGACCUUCCCAUCUCCUCCGCCAAUCCUGAGCUGCAUGCAGCCUGCCCGCAAGCCCCCCCAAGCCACAAAGAGGGCAUCUGGAGACGCCUGGGGUGCGCCCUGGCCCUCAGCCGAGGUUCUGGAGUCUGCCUGCAAUGACACUAUCCCAGGCCUGCCCGGCAUCUCCAACUUCACUGUGUAUCUUUACUGCAGCCUAUUCAAUGGCUCAGACAGCUCCAGCCAGCCUCCUUCAGACCUGGGGGCCGCAUGCUCCAGCUCCGGCUGGUAUUUCUCCUCUGCCAGCGGGGACUCCAUGUGGGUGAGGACAUGCAGGGAGUACUUCCCUGGCCAGUUCAACACCACGGUCUGCAGCAAUGCCUCCCUGCUGCAGCUGCCCAGUCCCAACCAGCCUCUGAUGGAGCAGUUGUGUGCCAACCUCUCCCUGCCCCCCAAAGGUGCCAGCUGUCCGGAGGGGCUGCCCGGGGCCCCCUGGACCCAGGGGGAUUUCUGGAGCUGCUUUCUGGAAAACCAGGCUCUCUGGACUCAGUGGCUGUGCACCAAUGAGAGCCUGCAGGCGGAUAGCAGCGCCUGGAUCUCCAGACUCUGCCACGGCCGCCAGCUCCAGACAAAGACCCUGAACUCCUCGCUGCUCGGGAACUCUGAUCCCUGCAAUUUCCAGGCCUGGAGCCUCCAGGCGCUCAGGAACGCUAGCCUGAUGGAGCAGUGCCGGGGGGUGAACCCUGCUAGCUUCCAGGAGCUGGUGUGUGAGAAUUCCUCCCUCCUCCGGUCUUUGGUGUCUUCCCACCCCUGGCUCAUGGAUCACUGCCUGGACUCCCUGCAGAAUGGGCAGUGCUUCCUGCAGUGCCUCCUGGACAUCCUGCCUAUUUCCUCUCACGGGGACGCCUCUCGGCUCUGCCGGGACCCUGCGUCCUACCUGCUGGGGCUGGUGUCCCAGCUCACGCCCUGCGAGGAGGAGACGUCCCGCUGGAUCUUCAGCAUGAACUAUCUCCUGCGGCUGCUGGACUUCACCCUGCCCUCCUCCGAGCUGGACGAGGUGGGGCAGGCAGCCAGGGACCAGCUGAGCGAGGCCAUCCUGCUCUCCAGCCUCCUGGACAACGGCUCCUUCUGGGCCUCGCUGACGGGGAACUCCUCGCGGAGCAUCCUGCAGGCCGUGCGCCAGUACCUGAGGCAGGAGCGUGACGCCUCCGUCAAGAAAGAGCUGCUGAGCUGCUUCAGUGUGAGUGGUGCCGUCCCGGCCUCUGCGCGAGUGAGCAGGCUCCUGCCCCUGCUCCCCGCCCGCCUCAGCCCCGGGCUUCGCUGCACGAGCCAUGCUGGGGCUAAGCUCCAACCCUGUGUGCACCCCCGAGGUGUGGGAUCGCUCAUGGCUGCAAACCCUGACACAGCCACUUGUGUGCGCAUGUGCCAUGGGGCCAGCGCUCCGUGCCAGACAGAUCCCAAACUGCCCUUGUCAUCAGCUCUGUAUGACGACCACAACCCCCCAAGGGAGAGCAGGCCCCCAGCACGGGAUGCUGCACAGACACCCUGUCAUCAGCCCUGGGAGGCCGGAAACCCUGAGUCAGAGCUCUCCUGCUCUCUCUGGCAGCCUGUGCUCUGGGAUCUGAUCCAAAGAGAAGAGGGUGCCCCGGCGCUGGAAGUCCUUGUGCAGGAAUACCUGCAGAUGCCACAGGACAAUUUCCAGCAGCUGCUGCUGUCGGCGGAGAGCGAGGCAGUGCAGCGCUUCCUGUCCCUGCUGCACCGCUCCUGGCCCCGGCUGCAGGUUCCCAUGUCGGAUGGGCAAGCGCUGCAGUCUCUUGCCUCGCGGCUGAUGGGCCGGUUCCCUCAGCUCACUCCGCAGCUCUUUGUUGACCUGUCGCAGUUCAUGCCGUUCAUGGCCGUGUCCGACAUCAUGAGAGUCCCGCCUGCCCUGCUAGCCAAUGAGAGCGUCUUAGCUGCUCUGCGGCGUCACAGCACCCACAUGAAGCUGGUGCAGAAAAGCGCCUUUGCCAAGCUGCUGCUGCAGGCUCAGCUCCUUGGGGACGUGCCCACGUGGCGCCCAGGCUUCCUCCGCACCAUCCAGCCGCUGCUGCCUCACCUACCGCUUCGCCGCUUUGUGCAGCUCACGCCUCAGCAGGGCCCAUGGGAGGGGGGGGUUUGUGUCGUGGCUGCAGGGCCCGUGGGGGGUCAGGGUGGUGCCAUUCCUUGGGGCAGGCUAACUCUGUGGGGCCCAGGCUCCUGCCCCCCAUCAAGGGACUUUUCUUCUUUCUCCAGGCUGGGGGCCCUUGCUUGCUAUCUGAGCCCUGAAGAGCUGCAGGUCCUGGCCCCGCUGCGCGACCCCUUGGGGCCGGUGGAGCAGAGCUUGCUGGCGUGUGCUGCCAACGGAGUGCUGAGCCAGCACGGACGGGUCGCCUAUGCGCUGGCGGAUUUGUUGCGCUCUGCUGGCCUGGCUGCUGUCGGGCCGCAGGAGCUGCGUGCCUGGCGAGGCAUCGUUCCGGAGCUGGGGGUGAGGUUCCUGCAGCGCCUGUCAGCCACGCAGGUCAGGGCUCUCCUUCCAGAGCUGCAGGCUGCACACCUGACACCUGCCCAGGCGUCUGUGCUGCUCACGCAGGCUGUCCGGACCGAGAAUGUGACGGAGGGUGUGGUGAGCAGCCUGUGCCCCCUGCUGCCAGGCCUUGGGCCCGAGUCCCUCCAGGCCAUUCCCACUCCCACCCUGGUCCAGGCCUGCGAAUGCCUGGCCACCGCUCUGCCUCUGCUCUCGGCCCCGCAGAAGGCAGCCCUGCUGCAGAGGUCGAGGCACUGGAGGUGCAGAGUGGGCAGGACCUGGGGGGUAUCGAGGGGGUUGCACGGACAGCAGUGCCGAGCCCAGCUUCCUAUGCUGCAGGACCUGGCUCUCGCUCUGCCCGCCAGGCCCAUGGGGCCGUGUUCUCCUGUGUCACAGGCUCUGUCUCCCUCGCAGCGGCUCAGCCGUGAGCAGCAGGCCCGGAGCAUCUGGCCAGACUGCCUCUUGCCCUUUGUGCCCCUCAAACUCCUGCACCUGGACGCAGCGACUCUGCUGGGGCAGAGCGGCCGGUUCUGGGAGUUACCCUGGUCCCAGCAGCAGGCCCAGUUCCUCUGGAGGAAGGUUGAAGCGGUCACCAACGUGAGCCAGGAAACGAUUCGGGCACUGGGGACUCUGGCGGCUGGCAUGGGCUGUGCCAGCCUGCAGCAGUUCAGUCGGAGGGCGGAUUUCCUGGGGGUUCUCCGGGUUCUCUAUGCAUGUCCCAGCCGCCUGCCUGGGAGUCUGAGGCGGUGUGUCUGGGAGGAAAUCCGCAGCCGGCCGGGACUCUCCGGGGAGGAGCUGGUGUGGCUGGGACCAAGGUUCCUCAUGGAUUUACCUACCCUCGUCAGCCAUACAUGGAUACCUGCACUGGGAUCCCUGCUUGGCGUCACAGAGCUGAUUGGCUACCACCACACUGCUGCUACAGUCAGCAAGGGGGACGCCCUGAGAUGGGAAGGGCUGGAGUGGCUCCUGAAGCAGCAGGAGGAGCCCCCACACCAGAGACACGUCUCCUCCCCCCCCCGCCCUCGUGAGAAGUCCAGCGAACCCAGGGGGCAAACCUGGGAGGGCAUGAUUGGCAGUGACCUGGCCAGAAGGACUUCAGGAAAGCUGCCCCCCAGGGCGAAGCUUGUGGACAAACUGCCCAACGACUCGGUCAGGCUGAUUCUGGACUAUGUGAGCAGCCACCCCCAGAGCCUGCUGAUGCUGCCGCCCCACCGCCGGGCUGCCCUGGCCCACAGGGCCCUGCGCCUCCUGCGAGCGCCGGCCGAGACCGAGAUCCCAGGCGAGGUGCUGGACCUUCUGGGCCCGCUGCUGGGGUUCCUGGGCCAGGAGGCUGCUGCCCACGUCCAGCCCGAGAGCCUGCUGCUGCGCCUGGAGGAGCUGCAAGGGGCCUGCCUGGCGGAGGGGUUUGCUGAGGAGCUGGGGAGGUUGCUGCUGACGGAGCGGGUGCUAGGCCCGCCGCAGUGCUGGAGCCUCCUGGACGUGCAGCAGCUGGGACGCCUGGUGUUCCUGCUACCGGUGGAGAGCGUCCGGCUCAUCCCGAGGGAGGUACGGAGCAGAGACACCCUGGAGCAGCUGCUGCAGAGCCAGCGGGAGUGGGAGCAGAGCGAGCCAGGCCGGCUGUGCCAACCCCCUGGUGCCCAGGGACGGGUGAGGAGCCGGAAGGAGGCACUGGUGGCCUGGCUGGUGAGAAGCAGCCCAGUGGGGGCACAAGACCCUGUUCCCAGCUGCGCUGACAUGCGAGCCACCUACCCUGCGGCCUGGAGCGUGGCACAGAUCUCCAGCAUGGCCCCCUCCCACUUCGAGGGCUGCCUGGAUCUCAUCAGUCAGGACCCUGCACUCUCGCCCGAGCAGCUCCGCGCCGCUCUGGGCAAAGCCAAGCAGCUGUUUGGAACUGCCCAGCCCCUGCAGCCGGUUCAUGUCCUGCAGCUGGGCCUACUGGCCACCCAGCUGAGCGAGCAGGAGCUGCACGAGCUGGAGCUCUCCAACUGGGGGGCCCUCUCUGUCCUGGGGGUCCUGGAAGGCUGGACAGCAAGACAGAUGCGAGCCGUGGUCUCCAGCUUUCUGCGCCAGAGUGGGAUGAGUGUGCAGGGCCUGGCACUCCCAGAGCUGGCUGCCCUCGGGCACCUCCUGUGCGGUCUCCGUGCCGAUGAGAUGCGGUUACUGAACAGCCGGGAGUUCAGCCAGGCUGCCCCGUUCGUGGGCUCCCUGAGGCUUGGCUGCUCUGAGAGGCAACUGGAGACACUGGCUGAGCUGCUGACAUCCCGCUUGGCGUUCGGCCCCGUUAGCAGCUGGGGCCCUGAAAUCUUCACUGAGAUCGGAACACUGGCAGCUGGGCUCCAGGACAUCGUCCUGUCCUCGCUCAUCCCCGAGCAAAUCCGGGCACUGACCCCGCUGGCCAUCGCGGGGAUCCCAGCACCCAAAUUCACCGUGAGUUGCAGCCCUGCUUGUGCCCACAAAACCCCGUCUUCCUGCACUGGCAUGUGGUGGGGCCCUAGCUCCAGUGUAACGAACCACAAAUCGAAUUCUGACUGGGGACAAAGGGGUCGAGUCCAAGGAGGCAGGAAUGACGCCCGGUGCCAUCCUGGCCCCAGCGCCCUGGCACUGCUCUGUCUGAUGUACAGCUUUGGGUGA